AGUUAGUGUCAGGUUCUCCACCAGUUAUAUGUCGCUUGUUGCCUACCAGAUUCGCCAUGUUGUUCGGUUAAAUGUGUUACACGUUUUUAAUCGUAGAAAAGUCUGUAAAAGUGCAGUUUGUCCGCCGUUAAAGUGCAACGAUGUCGAACGUUUCUUUCCACAUUUCCAACCUGCUGGACAAAAUGACGUCAUCCGACAAAGACUUAAGGUUCAUGGCCACAAAUGACCUGAUGCUGGAGCUGCAGAAGGACAGUAUCAAGCUGGACGAGGACAGCGAGAGGCGAGUGGUCAACAUGCUGCUCAAACUGCUGGAGGACAAGAACGGAGAGGUGCAGAACCUGGCCGUCAAAUGCCUGGCUCCUCUUUUGGGGAAGGUGAAGGAGCCUCAGGUGGAGACGAUGGUGGACACUUUGUGCUCAAACAUGAUGUCGGACAAGGAGCAGCUCAGAGACAUUUCCAGCAUGGGGCUGAAGACUGUGAUUGCUGAACUUCCCUUAUCUUCUUCAGGUUUGACACUAACAACAGGCAUAUGCAAGAAGAUUACCUCCCAGCUGAUUGGUGCAGUGGGCAAACAGGAAGACGUGUCAGUUCAGCUGGAGGCUUUGGACAUCCUGUCGGACAUGUUGGGAAGGGUGAGUGGAGCACUGGUCAGUUUUCACAGCUCUCUGCUGUCCAGCCUUCUGGCUCAGUUAACCAGCCCCAGAAUGGCGGUUAGGAAGCGCUCCAUAUUGGCUCUUGGCCAGUUGGUGCCCUGCUGUAGCCCCGCUCUCUUUUCCCACCUGACUGAACACCUCCUGACUGAGCUGGCAAAGGGACCGCCCACUUCACUGACCAGAACAUACAUCCAGUGUCUGGCCACCAUCAGUCGGCAGGGUGGCCAUCGAGUCGGUGAGCAUUUACAGAAGUUGAUUCCCAUGGUGGUGAAGUUCACCCACGUGGAGGACGAUGAGCUCAGAGAAUAUUGUUUCCAGGCCUUUGAAGCUUUUCUACAAAGGUGUCCAAAGGAAAUGUCGCCCCACAUUGCCACAGUGACCCAGCUUUGUCUUAAGUUCAUAACCUUUGACCCCAACUACAACUAUGAUGAGGAUGAGGAGGAGGAAGACAGCAUGGAUACAGAAGAUGGACUUGAUCAAGAAUCAGAUGAUGAGUAUAGUGAUGAUGAUGAUAUGAGCUGGAAAGUACGGCGUUCCUCAAUCAAGUGUCUGGAGGUGUUGAUCAUCACACGCAGGGAUCUCCUCCUCUCCUUCUACUCGUCCAUUUGCCCGGCUCUGCUCUCACGAUUCAAAGAGCGUGAGGAGAAUGUGCGGGCUGAUGUCUUCACAGCAUUUUCAACCCUACUGAGGCAAACACGAGCAGGAUUGGGACACCACAGCUUUACUGCAAGCAGUUCAGACCAAGGGGAAGACCAGGAGGAGGAUCCUGCCGUUGCCAUGUUGAAGAAACAGGUGGCUGUGAUUGUGAAGGCUCUGCACAGACAGCUGAAAGAAAAGAGCGUUAAAUCUCGACAGGGCUGCUUCAGUCUCCUGACUGAACUGGCCCACACGGUUCCUGGAGCCCUCGAGCAACAUCUACCUGCUCUGAUACCUGGUAUUGUCUUCUCGCUGACUGACAAGUCGACCUCAUCCACCAUGAGGAUCGACGCUCUCUCCUUCUUCCACGUGCUCCUCCGCUCUCACCCUCCUCAAGCCUUUCAGCCGCACAUGCAGGUGCUGCUCCCCCCAGUGGUCGCAUGUGUGGAAGACACUUUCUAUAAAAUCACCUCAGAGGCUCUGCUGGUCAUCCAGCAGCUGGUCAGGGUCAUGAGACCGCUGGAACACACCACCACCGUGGGACAAUUUGACCCAAAGUCUUUUGUUAGAGAGGUGUUUUCUGUGACACUGAAGAGGUUGAAAGCAACUGACAUCGACCAGGAAGUGAAGGAGAGGGCUAUCACCUGUAUGGGUCACAUGGUGUCCCACCUUGGUGACCUCCUGGGGGCAGAGCUGCAGGGCGUGUUGGUCAUCUUCCUGGAGAGGUUAAAGAAUGAGAUUACGAGACUGACUGCAGUGAAAACCAUCACCCUCGUCGCUGCUUCUCCGUUAAAGAUCAAUCUGUCAUCCAUCCUGUCUGAAACUUUGGCCGUGCUGGGCUCGUUCCUACGGAAGAACCAGCGGGCUCUGAAACUCAGCUCUCUGGCGUGUCUGACUGCACUGGUCAGCCAUCACUCUGCUAGCCUUAAACCGGUGACUCUGGAGCCGGUGCUAAGCGAGUUACCCGCUCUGGUGGAUGAGAGCGACAUGCAUGUGUCACAGGUUUCCAUCACCUUGAUGACCUGCCUGGCGAAGGCCUGCCCUUCCUCCUUAGCUAAGAUCAGCUCGUCUGUGCUGCCGCGCAUCUUCACUCUCGUACAUUCUCCUCUACUUCAAGGCGGAGCGCUGACAGCCAUACUGGAGUUCUUACAGGCAUUAGUCACGUCCAAAGCCAGUAACAUGAACUACAGUCAGCUGGUGAAGUCUCUCACAGAGCCGUUUUACAGCUCGUCUGGAGACAGCGCUGUCAUUCACAGACAGUCCUUCCACUCCGUGGCACGCUGUGUGGCUGCUCUGUCCUCCGCUUGCUCCAAAGACGCUCCCAGCACCGUGUCUGGGCUUAUCCACAAGGUGAAGACUCCUGGUUCUCCCGAGUCUGCUCGCGUCCUGGCUCUGUUGUGCUUGGGGGAGGUAGGGAGGAGCGGCAACCUGGGAGGGAGUAAAGAGGUGCAGGAAGUCAUCAUGGAGGCCUUCUCCUCCAGCAGUGAAGAGGUGAAGACGGCAGCAUCAUGCGCUUUAGGCAGCAUGGCGGUCGGCAGCAUAAACAACUACUUGCCCUUCAUGCUGAAGGAAAUCCCCACCCAGCCCCGGAGACAGUACCUGCUUCUCCACUCCCUGAAAGAAGUCAUCAGUGACUGUCCAGCCUCGACUCUCUUACCCCACGUGGAGUCCAUUUGGGCCUUGCUGUUCCAGAACUGUCAGUGUCAGGAGGAGGGCACAAGGAACCUGGUGGCUGAAUGUCUGGGUAAACUGACCUUGGUGAACCCUGCACAGCUGCUGCCUCGUCUUAAGCACCAACUUAAAAAAGGUUCUCCUCUGGCUCGUAGCACGAUGGUGACUGCUGUCAAAUUCACGAUUGUUGACCAUCCUGCUCCCAUAGACGUACUGCUAAAAGACUGUAUAGGUGACUUCCUGUUGACCCUGCAGGAUGAGGACAUCAAUGUGCGACGUGUAGCUUUGGUGAUGUUCAACUCAGCUGCUCAUAACAAACCCUCCCUGAUUCGUGGACUCCUCACAAUGGUCCUGCCUCACCUCUACAGGGAGACGCAGAUCAGGAAGGACUUGAUCAGAGAGGUGGAGAUGGGUCCUUUCAAACACACCGUGGAUGAUGGCUUGGACGUGCGUAAAGCAGCAUUUGAGUGUAUGUACACUCUGUUGGACAACUGCUUGGAGGGGCUGGAUGUCCUGCACUUUCUAGAUCAUGUAGAGGAAGGACUGAAAGAUCACUAUGAUAUCAGGAUGCUGACCUUCCUGAUGUUGGCCAGACUGGCCUCUCUGUGUCCUGCUGCUGUUGUAGAAAGACUGGACAGACUGGUGGAACCACUAAAAGCUACCUGCACUAACAAGGUGAAAGCUGGUUCUGUGAAGCAGGAGUUUGAGAAGCAAGAGGAGCUGCGACGCUCUGCUAUGCGAGCUAUUGCUGCCCUGCUAGCCAUUCCCGAGGCACAGAGGAGCCCCAGCAUGGCUGACUUUGUAAACCAAAUCAGAAUCAAUGCCGACAUGGCGUCCAUCUACCAGAGCGUCCAGGGAGGGGAGGGUGGGGCUUUAGCAUCAGUGGAGGGCAUGGAUAGGAGCUAGUUUUGAUCGAUGGUGGAAUUGCGUGUGUUUCUAACUCAUCAGGUAUUUGUGCUGCAUAAACCUAUAAUGCAUGUGUGGUGGCAGGAGCAGCAUUGUGCUGUUGUUAUUUAACUAACUGACCAAGGUUGUGGGUUUGUACUGGAGCCCCACCGAAAUGGAUUUUUUUGGGGGGACUGAUACCAAUAUUGGGAAUUAAAAAAAUUUACGAUACCGAUAUAUUUGUUGAUAUAUACACAAAAAAUGGCAAUGAUUCCUAACAUUUCAUUAUCAAACCCUCAUGACAAAGGAAUGUAGUUGAGGCUUGGUGUUUAACAGUUUAAACGUGAUGUUUAUUAUAAAUAACUAUAAAUAUAUCAACUAACAAAUCACUUGGCUAGGCAGUUGCCAUGUCACAUUUCUCAUUUAUUAUGGCCCUGCCCAGCUGGAAGCAUAGCGAUUACUUGUCUCUUGUUGCUGCAAAACGUCCACGCUGACUGAAAAUGAACAGCAGCUGGUCGCUUUGCCUCUGUCUGUUGUUGCUAAUGUGAGAAAGGGGUAAUGGGGGUCCCAGCCAUGCUUCACAACAUAAUAAUCAUUGCAAACAAUGCUGUCUGCACACCCUCUGCUUGACACGCUAUGCAAUGACACCAUUUCCAAUAGCUAUCAGGUUGGCUUUUCUGCAUUGUUUUUGUGAUCUGGAUUUUAUGUAGAAUUUGCUCUGCUAGCACUGGUGUGGGUUUCCUUUGAGUCUGCUAUGUACAAUUUAAACAUGAAGUGUAUGUUGUUCAGAGACUCUGAUUUCACCCACAGGUGUGAAUGGUUGUGCUAAAUAAUUCUUAUACCAUUGUUAUACUGAGAUUGUUACCUAUAAAUACACCUGUAUAGUCCAAUGAGUCCAAUAAAUUAGCCAUGAACUCCUUUAUCUUUCAUUUUCAGUUCCAUAUAAAGUACAACUUGAAAACUACUUCUUAUGUUCAGGUCUUUUUU